AUGGCUUCGUCCAAAGGAAAGAAUAACUUAAUCUUGGUGGAGGGGCACACGUUCUCGGUGCAAGGCGGGAAUCCAUCGACAUACUACUGCUCUAGGAAGACGAAGACGGGAUGCAAGGCUAGGGUUGGACUCAGAGAUGAAGUUAUCGUUUCCUACGAACCCUUGCACAACCAUCCGCCACCGAGGAUUCAUAUGGCUUCCGAUGGCUCGGUAUACAGGAUC